AUGGGUCUUGCUGGCGAUGUAAAAAGGCGGUUUCUUCCUAUGAAUCCGAUGACCACUUAUUAUAUUGUCCGAAAAUUUUGUCGUGAUGAUUUUGAUACAUUCUGUAUUGAGCAAGCCAAAUUGUAUAAUGUAACUGAUUGUGAUAUCGAAGCUGUUGCUGCUGGAUAUUGUCAACUUGAAAUGGAUCUCUCUGACAUUAACAAUGUAUUCCCUAAAGUUUCCCAAUUCGAAAGUUUUAUUCAUGAUCUUGAACUCUUUCUUGAUAACUUUGCCUCCAAAGUUUAUAGUAGUUUAAAUAUUUCUGGACAAC